UCUCGAUGUUCCUCAGAGAUAUCCAACAUGGCUGCCGCAGCCGUCAUCGUGACAGAUGUAAUUAUAGUAAACGAGUAAACGAUAAUGAAGAAAAUCAGUGAACUGUGUGCAGUGUACUUUUUGUUACAUUAUCUGUGUAAUCUGUGUACCAGCCACUUGCUCAUCAACGUAAAGAAUCAGGGUGGCGAUAUUCUGUUGGAAACGAUCUCUUCCAACGUUACUGAGGAUGUUAUCGUCUUAGAAUUCCAGUGUUCAGAUGGGACCUUGGUGACACAGCUUAUCGACUUCAAAAAUGAAGUGCAAAUAAUAAAAGCCUUGGUCCUCGGCGAAGAGGAACGUGGUCAGAAUCAAUACCAAGUUCUCUGUUUCGUCAAUCACUUCUUCAAAGUCGACUUCAUAUCAUCCGACGCCAUGUCUAAGCUGAGGCAGAAGAAUCCAGGCACAGUACGCGUGGCUGAGGAAGACAAGGGCCAUGUGAAUUAUACGAUGGACUUGUUUUUGGAUAUAUCUGAAUCCAAAGAUAUCUCCAAACACAUAGCGAUUCUUUGUGGCGAGGCAGCCGGCUCUGCCUAUACUAGGAACGAGGACAUAAAACAGUGGAUCCAGAGACCAGGUAAGUCGUAGUAAUAAGUAAAUCAACGUAUAUGUAUAAAUGUAGUAGAAUUUUGUUUAUCCAAACUUAAAAACAGCAGAGACAACAGAUGAGCUUCUAUUAACCCUUUGCACUCGAGGCCUUUUGCGCUCGGGUGAACCAGCAAUUCGAGACGAUUUCGGCUA